AUCUGCGUACCAUACUGUAUGUACAUUCCCCUUAAACAUGGAGCCGUAUACGUUUCAGUAUGUUUCAAAUUACCUUUAAAUUGUGAAAGAACCAUGGAUGACACAUUACCAGGAAGAGAGUCUUCCGACCUAGACGAAGAAUUACCAGCUAUCGAGACUGAAAACGCCAAAGAAACGCUACUGUAUGCGAGGGAGUCGGAAGACAAUGUUGGCGCACAAAUUACUGUUUGCGAAAGAAAAACAGAAGUUUCUGAAGCAAAGGUUUCAGAAGAUUACAUAUCUUUACUUGAUGAACAUUCGAGAAAUAAAGGCAGUAGUGAUAGGUCAUUAAGUCGUCUACCAGAGUAUCACAACAGUUACAAAACCACUGAGGCGAAUCUUAACAGUGAUUUUUUAAUACCAAAGAUAUUACCUGUCCAACCAUUUGCCAUUAGAUCUGACAUACUCGAUCCUAUAUUAGCCGUGCAUUCUAAUGAAUUUGUUGAGAAGAAAAGAGAAGAUAUUCGACAGUUCGCCAGAAAACUGAAUCCAACUUUCACUAUAACGAAUCUUAUGACAGACCCAACACUCUCAAGACCAAAAUGGCCGUUUUCUCCUUGGAAUAGUUCUCAAGUAUAUCCACAUAUCAACCCUGAUGCCUUCUUGAGUGAAUUGGAUAAAACGUAUGAUCCCCAUGAAAGAUCUGAGUGUCACAGAAAUAAUAUUCUUGGAGAUAUUUUGGAUGUUGAAAGACAAAAUGUUGAUCUUGAUUUUGUACACUAUGUAUUUGAAAAAGCAGAUGAUGCGUUCUGUACCGAAUUUUCUUUCGAAAAUGAGAAAAUUCGACAGGAUGUGAGAACAAUUUUGGAAACAGCUUGCGGCGAAUUGUCUAAAAAGCACUUAAUUUUCAGAACAUUCUCCGUAAUGGAAAUGGGCAGCGUCAAAGAGGGUACUAAGUUAGGCCCUCCGGAUGAAUUUGAUUUUAUGAUAGAUCUCCCAAGUUUGAAUGAUGCUCUGGAGUUCUUUAGAGAGGGAACAUUUUAUCAAGACCACGAGAACAGAGAUGUUCGUGUAACGAGACGGGAUCUGUUUCGAGAUUUUGAAGAUCUUUCAGAAGAAGAAAUACAAGGGGGUGAUGACAAAUCAUUUAUGAGACGUGUGUGGAAUGUAAUUCAAAUAGAACUGGCAAACACAAUGGAAGACAACGUCUUACCAGGCUGGACAUGGCUGGAUACUGUGCCCCCUUUCACGACUUUAGCACAGACACAGAAAAUGCUUUGGAAAGGAGAGAAAUUUCAACAUUUGAUAGUUGAUAUAGAUGUCUGUAUUUGUGUAAAACCUUCUGAAUUUAAAACAAACAUAGAUUUCAACCAAGACAUUUUUGAUAAAAGCCGACCGGGUAUCCAUGACAAAGGAUCAUCAAAAACUGAGCAAAGUUUACAAAAUAUAUAUAUAUUGUUGAAAUCUGAUGGAAAAGCAAGAUGGACUAGAGCACUUCUGGAAAAAGAGAUAUGGGCAAGAUUUACUCAUAAUGAUGGCAGAAAAAAAGUGCUGCGUUAUCUUAAAUAUUUUAAUUUGAGAUUUCUACCAAAGUGUUAUAACGAAUCUUUAUUUAGAUUGGAUCCUGCGUUGCCAUCCUAUUGGCUGAAAACAAUCAUGUAUUACUUGAUUACUUGGUAUCAUGAAGAUUCUUGUUGGUCACCAGAUAACCUUUCUCAUCGCUUCGUUGAAGUUUGGUUCAUACUGAAAGAAUGUCUAAACAAGAAGUGUCUAUCCAGUUACUUUGUGCCACAUAACAUCAUAUCUAAAUUUUGUCCCCCAUUUGCAUCAGAAAAGAACGAGUACCAGAUACUUAUGAGAGAAAUUUCCAAAGUAACAAAUGAAUACCUAUUCCAAAAGUUGGACAAACAUGCUCUCACAAAAAUUGAAAAUGAAAUAGAAAUUAAAAACCUCCAUGAACGAGACCAAGGAAUAUUUAGCUCAGUAAUAGAACUAUGUUAUUUGUAUGCCUACAAUGAUUUUGCAGAUGAAAACCGGAAAGCCUUGCAAUCUUUCAUAACGGAACUUGGAAAUGGACAGUUUACAGUCGAAGGUGAAGGCAAUGCAUUCAAGCUACUUUACCGCGGUGCAAUAGUGGACAUCAACCGGAAUAUAUCUGAGAAAUAUGGAGUAACGAAAUCUUAUUUUUCUUAACAAUCUUAGACUUACUUUCAUGGAAGCAUGUAAAACACAAAACCAAAAAUUGAAACAAUGAAGAAAAAUUGACGAAAUGCAAAUGUUUCUCCAU